CGACUGUCCUGCGCUGAGAGAGCCGCACACCCUACACCUAUCCACAACUCUUCUUUACUUCACGCACUUUCUUUCCAUCUGCCCGUUCACACGACCGUUCGGAUGAGUUACUCGAUAGACACUAUAGGAAGUCCCUACCGGAGGGUGAUGGAGACCAGGACCACCUAUAGCCGCGGCAGCCCCUCAAGCGGCUUUCGCUCCCAGACCUGGUCCAGGGCGAGCCCGAGCUCGACCUCAUACAAGAGGAGCUUUAACGCUCCCGUGGCGCGAGCUUACGGCUCCACAGUCCUGAGUUCAGCCGACAGCCUCGAUUUCAGCCAGACCUCCAUCCUCAACGGAGACUACAAGCGCUCCAACGAGAAAGAGCAGCUGCAGGGACUCAACGACCGGUUCGCCGGGUACAUCGACAAGGUUCACUAUUUGGAGCAGCAGAACAAGCAGAUUGAGGCGGAGAUCCAAGCACUGCGGCAGAAACAGGUGUCGCAGUCCCAGCUGGGCGAUCUUUACGACCAGGAGCUGCAGGAGUUGCGCUCCAUGCUGGAGCAGGUCCAUCAUGACAAGGCGCAGAUCCAGCUGGACACGGAUCACAUUGAAGAAGACAUCCAGCGCCUUCGGGAUCGCUUCGACGAGGAGGCGCGCAUCAGGGAGGAGACGGAAGCCAUCGUCCGCGCGCUGAAGAAAGACAUGGGAGACUCCGCGCUUGUUAAAUCAGAGUUGGAGAAGAAAGUUCAGUCCCUGCAGGAUGAGAUCGCAUUCAUCCGCAACAACCACCAGGAGGAGGUCAACGAUCUGCUGGCGCAGGUGCAAGCGUCGCAGAUCACCGUCGAGAAGAGGGACUACCAAAAGGCGGAGAUCACCGAAGCGCUCCGCGAGAUCCGCACGCAGCUGGAGGGUCACUCCACGCAAAACCUCCAGCAGGUUGAAGACUGGUUCAUGUGCCGCUAUUCGAAACUCACGGAGACUGCCGAGCAGAAUAAAAGCGCCAUUAAAUCGGCACGGGAUGAGAUCGCGGAUUAUCGGCGCCAGUUGCAGUCCAAAACCAUCGAGCUCGAGUCCGUCCGAGGCACCAAAGAAUCGCUGGAGAGGCAGCUGAACGACAUAGAGGACCGACACAACAAUGACCUUGCAAGUCUCCAGGAAACCAUCCACCAGUUGGAGAAUGAACUCAAGAGCACGAAGUGGGAGAUGGCUCGUCAUCUCCGUGAAUAUCAGGACCUCUUGAAUGUCAAAAUGGCACUAGAUAUAGAGAUUGCUGCAUAUAGAAAACUUCUUGAAGGUGAAGAGAGCCACUUUAGCACUUUCCCAUAUCGCCAGACUGUCACCAAAGGCCCUAAGGUCAAAAGUGAACCCCCCAAGCUUAAAGUUCAACACAAGUUUGUAGAAGAGAUCAUUGAGGAAACUAGAGUCGAAGAUGAGAAGUCAGAAAUGGAUGAGGUCUUGGCUGAGAUGGCAGAAGAGUUGUCAGCUGCCAAAGCAGAAGAUGAAGGAGAGGAUGAGGGAGAAGCUGAGGGUGAGGCUGAAGAAGGUGGUGAAGAAGAAGGAGAGAAAGAAGAGGAAGGUGAGGAGGAAGAAGAUGAGGUGAUUGCAUCUACCCAAGCCAAGGUGGCUUCCAGUGCCCCUGCUGAGGCUGAAGAGGAGGGAGAGCAGGAGGAAGAAGGUGUUGAGGAAGAGGAAGCUGGAAAGGAUGAAGAAGGAGAGGAGGAAGAGGAAAAGAAAGAGGAAGAAGCAGAGGAAGAAGAGGAAGAAGAGCCGGAAGUCGAGGAGAUAGUCCAGAGCUCUAAGGCACCUGAAACAAAAGCCUCUCCUGAUAAAGAGAAAGCGGAGGAGAAACCGAGCAGCGGUGGAGAAGAGGAGGCAGAGGAGGAAGGUGAUGAGAAAGAAGAGGCAGAUGCAGGUAGCGAUAAAGGAUCUGCAGAUGAAAAAGAAGAAGAUGACAAGGAGGAGCCUAAAGUAGCAGAAACAGAAGCAAAGGAAGAAAUAAAGGGAAAAGAUGAUAAAGAAGAACCCAAACAUGAAAAAGAAGAUGCAGCUUCGACCAAGGCUGAGACACCAUCUCCAAAGGUUGAAUCUCCAGUGGCUACAUCACCAAAAACUGAGAGCCCAAAGGCUAAAAGCCCAAAAGAGAAGGAGGCCCCAAAGCCAGAAGCCCCAAAGAAGGAAACCCCCAAAAGUGAAUCUCCAAAGAGUCCUAUGAAAGAGACAUCCAAGACAGAAGAGACACAGAAAGAUGCCCCAAAGCUCGAGUCACCUAAAGCUGAGUCUAAAGAUGAUUCCCCAAAGCCAGCUGAUGACAAACCCAGUAAAAAGAGUGAACCGGAGAAAGAGCCUGAAGAAAAGAAAGAGGCUACUGUGAAUGGAGACAUGGGAAAAAAUGACAAGAAGGAGGAAAAGAAGGACGUGAUCUCCAAUGGAGUAGAUGAGAGUCCUACCAAAGAUGAAACAAGCCAGAGGGUGGUCAUCACCAAAACCGUGGAGACCAUUACCACUGGAGAGGGCGGAGUCAAGCAAGUUACAAAAACUGUUACCGUAACUGAGCAGGCGGAGGAGAAGGAGGUCAAAGAGGUCAAGGAGAAGACGAUCACCAAAACCGCUGAGAAACAGGUAGUGAAGGCCACCGAAGCAGAUUAAACCCAAACAUAGCUAUAACCGACAGAAGAGGAACCCGCGUGCAUAUCAAGCAAUCAACACAAAACUCACGUAAUAAAUCAUAAAGCUCAACAGAUAUACUUAAUUACAUUAACCACACUGAAAGACUGAAACAACACAAAAAAGCAAGCUUAGAGAGACGCCAUAUGAUGCGGCAAGCUAAAAUUUUAAAUGCAUGUUGAGUGACAGCUUUAAAUGGGUUCUGCUGCAUAUCCGGUCAGGGUUUUUUUCACUUUCUUUCAAACUGCAAUACCUGGGGAGGGGGGCGGUCACUUGAAUGUGGCAUCUGCAUGCCAGCUCAGGGGGGAGCACGCUCCUCAUUCUUUGAGAUAGAAAAUAAACACUGGUAUGUAUGACAGUAAUAUAAAAAUACUCACAGUAUGAUGGGAAAUGACUUUUGCUUUGAGUUAGAGCAACACGGGACGCGGGGCUGUAGAAUAACUGUGGAAAAGCGUGUUCCAACAAAAUAGCCUUACAAAUACUUAGAGCGAGGAGAUCAACUGAGCCAAAAAUGAAACUUAUUUAUGAACGGAGGAG